AUGCAACUACGAGACAUGGCGCCUUCGUCGGCGCUCGUGGCCUCUUUGCUGGCUAUCCCACAGCUCGCUUCCGCCUUCUACUUGCCAGGUGUUGCGCCUACCUCCUACAAGAAGGGCGACGUCGUUCCUCUCUACGUGAACAGCAUCAAGCCGGUCGCCGCUCCCUCCGAUUCUCGAUUGCACUCAAUUGUUUCCUACGACUACUACCAUCCUGGCUUCAAGUUCUGCGAGCCCGAACCCCGUCCUGAGUAUGUAUCGGAGAGCCUGGGCAGUAUUCUCUUCGGAGAUCGCAUCAUGACCUCGCCAUUCGAGCUGCGCAUGAAGAACGACGAGAAGUGCAAGCCGCUUUGCAUCCAGAAAUACCCCCCGGCGGCCGUCGGUUUUGUCAAGCGCCGCAUCGAGCAGGGCUACAGCUUGAACUGGCUUGUGGACGGCCUGCCCGCCGGACAGCAGAUUUACGAUGACUUUACGAACACAACUUUCUACAACCCUGGGUUCUUGAUGGGCGGCGAGGACGAGAACGGCAACGUCAUCUUCAACAAUCACUACGACAUCAACGUUGAAUACCACGCCGUCAACGGCGAUCAGUCGCAGUUGCGCGUCGUCGGUGUCGUUGUCGAGCCGAGCUCGCGUGCCUACCCGGGUCUGCUCGACUGCAAUAACCAGAUGGAGCCCAUCAUCUUCGAGGAAGACGGCACUGAGAAGGAGGUCAAGUUCUCGUACUCGGUGUUCUGGAUCGAGUCCAAGACAGCUUGGGCUACCCGUUGGGACAAGUACCUGCACGUAUUCGAUCCCAAGAUCCACUGGUUCUGGCUCGUUGACACCGCAAUUAUCGUCAUCAUUCUGAUCCUUACCGUAAUGUCUAUUCUCGUCAGAGCUCUGAAGAAGGAUAUCGCGAGGUACAACCGCCUUGACCAGAUCAACUUGGAUGACCUCUCUGGUACUUCGGCGCUAGAAGAUGGCGUACAGGAGGAUUCGGGAUGGAAGUUAGUCCACGGAGACGUCUUCCGCAACCCUUCGAACCCUCUUCUGCUCUCGGUCCUGCUCGGAAACGGUGUUCAGCUUUUUGUCAUGACGGGCUUCACCAUCUGCUUCGCCCUUCUCGGCUUCUUGUCGCCCUCUAACCGUGGAUCCCUCGGAACAAUCAUCCUGCUUCUUUACACCAUCUUGGGCUUUGUGGGCGGUUACAUCUCGGCGAGAACAUACAAAUCGCUGCAGGGCGAGAAGUGGAAGAUGAACAUUGCGCUGACUCCGAUUCUGGUGCCAAGCAUCGUAUUUGGUGCCUUCUUCUUCCUCGAUCUCUUCCUCUGGGCGAAACAGUCUUCCGGUGCCGUGCCCUUCACUACCAUGCUGGUCAUCAUUGCCAUCUGGUUCAUCCUGUCGGUGCCUCUGUCGUUCGCCGGAUCCUGGAUGGGUUUCCGCGCAUCUCCCAUUGAGGCGCCUGUCAAGACCAACCAAAUUCCUCGCCAGAUUCCUCCUGCCACCUCCUAUCUCAGACCGAUUCCCAGCAUGCUCAUUGUCGGUCUCCUGCCCUUUGGUGCCAUCUUUGUCGAACUCUACUUCAUCAUGAGCUCCGUCUGGUUCAGCCGUAUCUAUUACAUGUUCGGCUUCCUGUUCCUCUCGUACGGUCUCAUGAUCGUUACAACUGCUGCCGUCACCAUUCUCAUGGUGUACUUCUUGCUCUGCGCCGAGAACUACAACUGGCAGUGGCGAUCAUUCCUUGCUGCGGGUAUGAGUGGUGGCUACAUCUUCCUCAACUGCCUUUUGUACCUGUUCACCAAGCUGAACUUGAGCAACCUGGCGGGUACCGUCCUCUACGUCGGCUACAGUGCUCUGAUCUCCUUCUUGUUCUUCAUUCUUACUGGGUCCAUUGGCUACUUCGCAAGUUGGUGGUUCGUCAGGAAGAUUUACGCCUCCAUCAAGAUUGAUUAA